GUUUUUCAUUCGAUGUUAUUCUCGAACGAGAAGGAACUAAAUCUGAGGCAAAAGCUAUAUAGAGGCGUUUAAAACCGAGUGCUAUACCGACAAACCACAGAAAAAUGGCGUGAAUUAUAUGUUUUUGUUUUGUUAUUAUUUCUCAUUUCAGUCUAUAAUAAUCCUGUGCUCGGAUCAAUACUUACCAUCUCACAUUGUCAUACAUUUUUGUGGUUCAAGAUAUGGAACAAAGUCCAACAGAAUCGUUUAAAGUUCGUAGAGCCCAAGCAAGCGAUAUGCAAGAUGUGUGCCAGAUGAUUCAGGAACUUGCUGAUUUUGAAAAGAUGAGCUCGGGACCUGAGCUCUCAGUUCAAGAUCUAAUCCGUGAUGGGGGCUUUGAAGGUGGCCAAGAAAUAUUUCAUUGCUUUAUAGCUGAACUGACACAAAUGGAUGGAUCUACUCUGAAAGUAAAACCUAUCGGAUAUUCUAUUUGUUUCUUCUCUUACUCCAUAUGGCAAACGAAAUCAUAUUUCAUGGAAGAUCUCUAUGUUAAACCCGACUUCCGCAACAAAGGUGUUGGAUCGAUGCUCUUGAAGGAAGUAAUCGCAAAUGCCAAAGCAUUCGGCUGCAAAACAGUUGAUUUCCAUGUUCUCGACUGGAAUCCUGCUCGAAAGUUCUACGAAAAAAUUGGAGCCACAAAUCUAACAGCUACUCAAGGUUGGCAUUUUUAUCGUUUAGAAGAAGACGUCCUAAAUAAACUCACCACCGAAGUCUAAAAUAUAUAAAAACAACAAUCCUUUGAGGAAAUGGAAUUAUAUUAUGUAUAUUUUGUAAAUGGGUUAAAUAAAAACAUUAUUAAUUCUUAUAUUUUAAUGA